UCGGAAUUUGAACUGUCAUACCAUAUAUAAGAUGUUCCUCUCCUGGACAUUAUCACUGGAUAUUGAUAGUGUAAAUAUGUUCAGCCAACUCGCAGUGCAGUUUUCCUUUAUCUGCAAUUGAUUGAAUUGGGGCCUUUAGUACCAACGUUUGAAAAUGUUAUCGAGUACCUAUAAAUAGUUUGUCUUCUGAAAUUCUCAUUGAGUUCUUGUCUUCAUUUUGUCAUUGCCUUCUUACAGUGAAAUUUAGGGUUAUCACCUUGGAUACCAAUUUUAGCCCUGUCAAUCAGCUGUACAAUGUUGUGGAACUUGAGGAUAUUCAUCAGAACAGGAUUGGCCAGUGGGUCAAUACAUCAUCUAGCGGCAACAUUCUGCAGCUUUCUCACCCCCUGAACUCUGAAGCACCCGUAGGAUCCUAUGCGAUUGUAGUGUGGAUUGGUGAUAAGAAAAUAUACCAUCACUUCAAGGUAGAAAAAUAUGUUUUGCCAAAGUUUGAGAUCAAAAUGAACCUCAGCGAUGAGAUCAGCAUUGUUCAAGAAGAGUAUAAAGUAGAAGUGUGUGCAACAUACACGUAUGGACACCCUGUACCUGGAAAAGCAGAGGGAGAGUUGUGCCGACAUUUACUGUACAAUAUAAUGAUACCAAUAAUAAUUGAUGAGAAAAAUCAACAAGGAGUUCCUGAUUAUACACACCCCUGUCACAAAGAGUCAAUAGAGAUGGACCAAACUGGCUGUGCUUCUCAUGUCUUCAACAUGUCCAUUUUCACAAAGAAUGCUGGAGAGAAAAUUCUCAUAGACAGGUUUAGUUUUAAUGCAAAAGUAGAGGAGGAGGGGACAGGUAUUACACGGUCAGAGGAAAAACACAUAGCGCUCUCCUAUGCGAUUGGAAAACUCACGUUUGUCGACACGCCCAAAAUCUAUGAGCAUGGAUCAAUUAUCGAGGGCAAGAUAAACAUUGUUCACUUCAACAACACACCUAUCUCUGACAUGUUAGUCUACCUGUUGGAGAAGAAAGGCUGGUCCUCACAUCAUCUCCAGAACCUAACCACAGACAGUCAUGGUAUUGCCAGUUUCUUCCUCAACACAACCACUAUGGCCAAAGAGGAUAUUAACCUCAUAGUUAGCAACACACCAGAAGUGGAGAACACUAGAUACAGGGUCCCCUAUUUCAACAGGGGGCACCACAUACUCUCACUGAUCCAGCCCACUGCCCCUCACAGUAAAACAUCCAGCUCUCUGGCUAUUCAGAAGACAGAGAAACCACUGGCAUUGUGGGGAGGAAGUGUCAAUCACCAUCCAGUAUGCUAUCGUAGGGGAGACCGUCCCAAAGAGCUCCGUGGAUGUCAUCUACCUGGCCUUAUCCAGAGGGGCGAUACUUCAGCAUGGACAUAUGAAGUAACUGAGGGUGAAGUCACCUUGAAGUUGGCAGUGGUUCCAGAGAUUGCGCCGUUGGUACAGGUCCUGGUGUACAGUAUGCUACCCAGCGAGACUGUCAUCGCCCACAGCAUGAACUUCCCCACUGAGAAAUGCUUCAGCGGUCUGGCGGAGAGGUGCUGGGUACCGGUGGGGGACAUUCUGGACCCUUCACUCCUGAGAGACUUCCACCGCCUCCACCGCCGUGGGUUAUUCUGUCACGUUCGUUGAAUGGAGGUGACCAAGGCGCAGCGUGAUGUUACUUUUAAUAAAGACGGACACUAAACAAACUAUACAAAAUAACAAAACGAACGUGAAGCUAUCAUACAAAAGUGCAGACACAGGCAACUAGACAGACAAUAACCCACCAAUUACCCAAAGAA